AAAACGACAGAAGAAGAAGAAGAAUUACGCACGACCGUAAAUUCUGUAUUGCGACAUGCCGGAAAACGGGUUGAAUGAGAUGCAAUACUUGUUUGGCUCUUGUUAAAAGAGAAACUGUGACAUCAGGCGUCUUACCACGGACUUGUCCACAGAUCCUGCCCCAAAAAAGCGAUGCUGGUCACCGUUUUCUGCGCGCCGAGGGAUCGCCCAGAAACUACCUUCGCCCUCGAUGUGUCCCCAGAGCUGGAACUGAGAGACUUCGUAGCACUUUGUGAGCUGGAAUCAGGAAUCCCAGCAGGGGAAAUCCAGAUCACAUAUGUUGAACAGCCCCUAAAAGACCUCACUCGUGCCUUGGGGACAUACGGUGUAAAGGAUGGAGACGUGGUGGUUCUCCGGCAAGCUGACAGAAGGCCACCAGCGGCUCAGCCCUCCUUCCCAGGUCUGCCCCGUAUUGACUUUCGUUCCAUCACAGUCCCAGGCACCUCUUCUUCAGCCAAUCAACGUGGUGCCGUACGACCACAGCAACCGGCUCCACCGCAGCGUGCCGCACAGCCUUCCACGCCAAUGGCCUUUCGCGGGCCCUCUCCUCAGGGGCUGGACGACCCCGCCUUACUUCAACAGAUGCUUUUAUCGAAUCCACACGAGCUAUCGCUCCUCAAGGAGAGAAACCCGCCGCUCGCUGAGGCCCUGCUGAGCGGAGACUUAGAGCGUUUCACCAAAGUGCUGCUGGAGCAACAGCAGGAUCGAGCCAAGAGGGAGCAGGAGAGAAUCAGACUUUUGACUGCUGAUCCUUUUGAUUUGGAAGCCCAAGCAAAGAUUGAAGAGGACAUCAGGCAGCACAAUGUGGAAGAAAACAUGACCAUAGCAAUGGAGGAGGCCCCAGAAAGCUUUGGACAGGUGGUUAUGCUGUACAUUAACUGCAAAGUCAAUGGCCACCCUGUGAAAGCUUUUGUUGACUCAGGAGCCCAGAUGACCAUCAUGAGCCAAGCAUGCGCAGAGCGCUGCAACAUUAUGCGACUGGUGGACAGACGCUGGGCCGGGAUCGCCAAAGGAGUGGGCACGCAGAAGAUCAUUGGCAGAGUUCAUUUGGCUCAGGUCCAGAUAGAGGGAGACUUCCUUCCUUGUUCUUUCUCCAUUUUAGAAGACCAGCCUAUGGAUAUGCUGCUUGGCCUGGAUAUGUUGAAGAGACACCAGUGUUCGAUCGACCUGAAGAAGAGCGUCCUCCUGAUCGGCACUACAGGCACAGAAACUCGCUUUCUGUCUGAGGCGGAGCUGCCAGAGUGUGCCCGACUAGCGUACGGCACAGAGGGGCGUGAAGAUGCCCGCCCAGAGGAGCUGGCUGACAGAGAACUGGCAGAGGCGCUUCAGAGGUCCAUACAGGAAAGCGACACUGCAGAUGGACAAACUACCUCACCGCAGCCCCAACCAUUUUCAUUACCCAAAACCUUAGGCCAAACAUCGUCAGCCACCUCCCCUUCCCAAAGCCUCUCCUCUGAUCAACCCCAGAACCCAACCCUGGAUCGCUCUCAGUCUGCCCCUGCCGCCAUGCAGCAGACCUCAGCACCAGGGCAGUGCCAGGAUCGACCUGGCUUCCAGGAGCUUCCUCAGCCUUCAUCCCCAGCAGAGGAUGGAGCUUCUAUACCUCACCAUAUCCACCCUGACCCUUUGCCUCUCCAUAGCAACUCCGAGGUGCCCCCUCUAAGCAGUCCCUCAACAGAUGUUGUGCGUUCGUGUACCCCUCCUGCAGACAUGAACUCCGUAUCCCAGGAUCCAGGGGGAGAGCUACAGCCUGGAGCCAUAAAGGGGGAUGCUGAAUCAGAUGAGGUGGAGAACAGCUCCAUGCUUCCCCAUUCGGAGGAACUUUCCCCCAUUCAGCCCAUGGAGCAGGAGGUGACAGAGUGUGAUACUGCUGUUACAACGGAAGUCGGUCCCAGGGAACCUGACUCAAUUGAAAUGGAGUCUCCCACUGCUUCUGACAGUGUGGUGUGCUCUGAGAGGGACCAGCCUGAUGGAGAGCACUGCUCCAGCUCUGAAAGCAUCCCCUCGUUGGCAUCUGCCCUUAGGGAGCUCCAUGAGCUGCUGGUAUCCAACAACUGUGCUCAGUCACAAAAUCGCAGCACCUCCUGCUCUCCUUCAAAUCCAUUCAGGCAGGACACAGACAACACGUCCCCCGAGCCGUGCACCUCAAUCCCCGAAAAUACCCAGCUUACCCCCUCUACUGCCAUUACAUCCGGUGCAGAACCAAGCGAUGCCAAAGCCAACUAUGCUGCUGCUGUGUCUGAUGGGGAACCAUCUAAGUGUCUUGAGCCCCACCACUCUGGCCAGGAUGAACAUCUGGGCGGUGAUACAGCAGAGGCUGUGAUUGGACAAGGACCACUAGAGUGUCCACAUAGCUAUGAGGAGAGGAGGGCAGACAGAUGUGGGCAAGAUGAGGUGAGUAACAUCAGCUUUUCUCAGUCUGAGCCAGAGGUUCCUCUUGAUCCCCCCGAGGAUCUGGAGUUCAGGGAGCCUCCUGAGGGGCAGCAUGGGAGAGGGGUCGCAGAUGGACAAGCCUCUGGCACCAAUACCCCAGACACCCUAGGCCUCCAAACUGAGCACACUUUCCUCAGCCCUAUGUCAAUGGCAGCGGACUCACCGGAGGAAGUUUCAAGCACCUUGUCCUCCUCAGUUCCUCCUCUGGCUCAGACUCCCCAGCCUUCAUCUCCAGCCUCUCCUCUCCCUCCUCCACAUCCCUUUAUAGAACAGUUUCCAGCCGAGCACAUCCAGAGAAUCCAGGCAGCAGGCUUUUCUGCCAGGGAGGCUGCAGAGGCACUGGAACAAGCCCAUGGGGUUGUGGAGCUAGCUCUGCUGGCACUUCUAGCCCGCAGUAUCACUGUGCCCACCUAGACUCAAAACCAAUCACGUGAGUCCCUGGCCUCCCAAAUUAGCAUCUGUCUUAUUUGGAACCUUGUUACCAAUCCAGAUGUGUCAGUCCCCCUUUUUAGCAGGGACCACGUAAAAGCCACAGGGAAAUGCUGUCUCUUGGUUUGUCGUACAGACUAUCCGAGAAGGAACAGGACAACUGCUGAUACUUUUCUGGCUAAAAAGAAAUGUGAGGUGUGUUUGCAUGCAGAUGUUUUGGGUCCUCACCCACUUCAUUGGUUUUUAGAGAUUUGGUAACAUAGAAUGAUUUUCUUCUCGUUUCAUCGUCCAGCAUUGAUAUAUUAUUAAAUGCCCAUUAUUGAUUACUGAACCAUUAAACGUUAUUGUAAUUCCCCCUCUUUGACAUGUCAUAAAACUUCUCUUGUCUAAUUUGUUAAUCAUCAAUAAAAGAAAACAAUCUCAGAGUGGAGUAGCAUUACCUGCUACUCAUACCACAGUAACUUUUGUUUGGUGAGCUUGAGAUUGUUCAGCACAAAUGUGGAUAUUUUAAUGAUUUUUUUUUUUUUUUUUUUUUGAAUAAAACCUAAUGCAACAACCCAAUGAUGGAAGAACUUUUGCAGUUAAGGAGGGUUGAUCAUUUUUGAUCAAGUUUACAAUUUCCAUUGACGAGGGAAACCCAACAUGUCAAUGUUAUCAUCACUAUAAAAUAACAAGUGGGUUCGCCGAAGUACGAUCAUAAAUGGGAUUGAUUGAUUCAGUAUGUUAUUUACAGAAGGUAUCUUGUACUGUAUGUAUCCACAUUUUUCAACGCUUUGCCAUGUCUAGAUUACAAAUCUGUUUGUAGCUCCCAUUCAGGAAGUCUUUUAUUUUGUGUAAGUUCUUCGUAGUGUGUGAUCAUGAGUUCAAACAUCCAUAUUUUAUUUUAUAAUCUGUUUAAAAAAUUAAAAAAUAAAUAAAAAAAAUGUAAGACAUUUCAUCAGUAUGCCAUCUAUCGGGACUUUUAAUGGCUUUAUUUGAGUCAUGUACAUUAUCCACAAUGUUCAGGCAGAUUGAAUUAUUUACUUUUAUCUUGUAUGGAAUUUUAAAUUGCAAAUAAAAUGAAACUAGUAUUUGUAAA